CCGGUGUGUAUGAGCACGACGAGGUGACUGCCGCCGUUUCGCUCUCUCGCAUUUAGGAUUUUCUAUUUCGCUGUCGCAACGGCACCCCGGAUCAAAAGAAGUUAAAGAAAACGCCAAGCUUGUUUCUUCGACGCCUGCCUCCCCCCUCACCCGCCCACCCCACACAGCCGUCCAAACAGGUGUCGUACCACCGCGUCGUUCACGUACGGUACAUGUUGUGGCGGUUUCAACGGCGUUGCCGCCGUUCCCAUCGCGUCACCACUGCGACAACCUGUGCGUGUGCCGCCGCUCGACAGCAUUCCCGCAUGGCAACAUCUCGCACGACGGCCCGCCUCUUUGUUGGGUAGCGUGCUCGCUUGAUAGCGCCUCGAAAAAGCGAUCGACUAACGAGAGCGCAAUGGACGAAGAGGAUGCCACAACGGCCGCUGCGACGACGUCGUCCGCGGACAACAGCCCCUCUCGUGCUCGUAGAAGGGGUGUCGCUGGUGGUAGUUCGCGCGGCAACAGGCUCGCCCGCGGCCUGGCGACGUGCAACUGUGCCUCGUACUGCUACUUCUCGCUCGCCCUGGUGCUGUUUUCGCUGGGCACCGUGCUCACCAUACUCGUGCUCGAUGACAGCGAGCAGAUGUUUCCCAACCUGACUCACAUGUGGCUCAUCGGGCCAAUUUUCAUCAGUUCGGGACUGAUGUUUGCCGUGAAAACGAUCAUGUACCUGCGCAGGGAGACGAUGAUCGCCUACUUGGCGAGGCAGCACUCCCUACUACGCGUGAGUAUAUGCGUUACUAACCGUACUGGUUCGCCUAAUUGUUUAUUCCGGCGGCGUUUUGUUUACACUUUAUUGACGCGUCGAUCGCGCGCUUGGCUAGCGAUCGCGAACGUUUUUCGGUAG